UGAUAAACUUUGCUGGAUGUUAGUGUUUACAACCUGCCUUUCGAAUCUGUGAGAAGUGCACAUGAUUAUAACAUGUGACUAUCACAUGACCAAUAACCGGGAAAGUUACUCAUGAGACUGUAGUCCUGUAGUGUACUGCCUCCUGUUUGGGGAUUCUAGAAACAAUCACUCUUCAGCUCUAUAGUACUGUUUGACAAAAUCAGGAUGUUAACAAGCCUGUUUGUCCUGACUGUGUGCUUCCAUCAGACUACGCAUGGACAUGGUGCCUUCAGGAAGAUGUUUCCUGAAAAAUACCCAGAAAUGCUCCGAAAUGGUGUUGAUCCUGGAGAACCCCUUUUCUUGACGCCUUACCUUGAGAGGGGCGAUAUCCAGAAGGCCAAGGAGAUGAGUCUGACAACGUCUCCAAUCAUUACCAAGGGCUACUCCGGCUUCCUGACUGUCAACAAGACCAUCAACAGCAACAUGUUCUUCUGGUUCUUCCCGGCUCAGACUGAUCCUGCCAAUGCUCCUGUGUUGCUAUGGUUACAAGGAGGUCCUGGAGGUUCAUCUCUCUUUGGUCUGUUUAUAGAACACGGACCAAUCUUGGUGGAUGCACAUGGGAACUUACAAAGACGAAACAUAACCUGGAACAGCAAGUACUCCAUGCUGUAUGUUGACAACCCUGUAGGAACUGGUUUCAGCUUCACGGGGGAAGAUUCGGGCUAUGCUACUAAUGAGGAAGAUGUGGGAAGAGAUUUGUACAGUUGUUUAACACAGUUCUUCCAGAUCUUCAAGGAAUACCAGAAAAAUGACUUUUACAUCACUGGAGAGUCGUAUGCAGGGAAGUAUGUCCCCGCCAUCUCCUACAAGAUCCACAUGGAGAACCCAACAGCUAAAGUGAAAAUCAACUUCAAGGGGAUGGCUAUUGGAGAUGGCCUCUGUGAUCCAAUAACGAUGUUCCCCAAAUAUGCUGACUUCAUGUUUAACAUCGGUGUUCUGGAUGAGAGUGAGCGAGACUACUUCCAGUCACAGUCCGACCUGGCUGUAAAGGCAAUGCAGCAACAGAGGUUUGGGGAUGCUUUCAAGGUGUUUGAUGAGCUGUUAAAUGGAGAUCUCACACAAGGGCCUCCAUACUUCCAAAACGUGACAGGGACUUCCAAUUACUACAAUUUCCUGCUUACAACGGAGCCUGCCUCCUUCAACUACUACGGCCCGUACCUGGCACGACCAGAUGUUCGUAGAGCGAUACAUGUAGGUAACCUUACCUACAAUGAUGGCAAUGCUGUGGAGAAGCAUCUCAUGAAUGAUGUCAUGCAGUCAGUCAAGCCAUGGAUAGCAACACUGAUGGAUAACUAUAAGGUGCUCAUCUACAACGGACAACUGGACAUCAUAAUUGCUGUUCCACUGACAGAGGCUUGGCUCCAGACUGUCCCAUGGAAAGGUCUUGAAGAAUACAAGAAGGCACCAAAACUCAUCUGGAAGGUUAACCCCAAUGAUACAGAAGUGGCAGGAUAUGUGCGACAAGUGGGGAACUUUUAUCAGGUGAUAGUGAGGGGAGCUGGCCAUAUACUGCCCUAUGACCAGCCUGUUCGUGGCUUCGACAUGAUCCAGAGGUUUAUUGAAGGACGCUAGAUGAACACAGCAAAACUCCUAAGGUCUUCUCGCUGCUGAUGCAACUCCACAUUUGUAUUUUUAUGGUUUAAUUAUGCAUAUUAUCAGUGUUGAUGAAAUAUCUUUAAGGUCUUUUUGAAGUUAUAUAUCAUAAUUUGUGUCCAUACUUUCAGGGCAUAUAUAUUUUGGGAAAUAUAUGUACAUAUGAUAUUAUUGUUUGUAUAUUUUGAUGACAUGAGUAAUUUUGGAAAUAAAGUUUAUUUGUCAAUUUUA